GAGAGGACAGGAGAGGGAGAGGUUGACUCCCAGCUCAGUUGGGGGACUCCAGGGCCAGUGGGGCUGCCUGGAGGAAGGAAGGGGUCUGGAGGUGGAAGGGCAAGGGGGCACUGAGGCUGGCAGGUAAGCCAAGGGUCAGAAUAGGGUGGCAACGGGGCACGGAGACAGAGACCUGGCGUUAUUCAGCCUCCCCCUCACCUCCGCCUCUAUAGGAAUCCGGGCCCUCACUUAACUGCUGUGACCCCCUGCCCUUCCAUGCUAAUUCCGCGGAGGCGAGGGGACCCCGGAGGGACUCCCCGUCCACUGGGGCGGGAGCAGGUGUUAAACCUAAAGCGAUUGGAGUUGGGGGUGGGGGACCCCGACUCCAGGCUUACCCUCUCUUGCUCUUCCAGUCCAUCCCAAACUGACGCUCCCACCCGCCGGGGGUCGAGGAGUCCCUCCUGAGGAGUUUUCAGGCCCUCGGCCGGACUCCAGCCCGAGCCGGUCCUGGGUUAGCCCGGAUUAAGGCCUGGGGAGCCGCAGCCCGCUAAGCUCCCGGACACCUAAAGUCACCAUCCCGCACCCUCCCGUUAGCUGUGCGGGGGUCGGCCCGGGUCUCACCGACCCCGACCCCGCUCGCUGUCCCCACCGGCUCCUCCGGAACCUCGUUCUCCCCGCCCCCACCCCAGGCCCCCUCUACCGCAAGCUCUGGAAAUUGCCGUAUGAUGCGGCUCUUCCCCACGUCCCUUAUUUCUUUCCUCGUCCCUCCUGCUCCCGGCGGCCAGGGAUACGAGGAGGGAAAGCGGGUGGGAGGGGAGAGGAGGACGGGGACGUCAAGAGAGGCAGCAGGAGGGAAAGGGGAGGCUGCGUGAAAGUGAAGCCGCUAGGGCCGAAACAGGGAGCCGGAGACGAGGGGGUGCGGGGGACCCCGCUUCUCUCGAGGGGCCAUGAGCGGCGGGGAGGCCCCGGGGCCCGGACCCCGACCGGCCCUUCUCAGCCAGCAGCGACGGCUGAAACAGGCCAGUCGCUUCGCCCAUCAGGACUCGGCCGACCUGCUUCCCCUGGACAGCCUCAAGAGGCUGGGCACGUCCAAGGACUUGCAGCCGCACAGUGUCAUCCAACGUCGACUGGAGGGGGACCUGAGCCGUCUGCGUACCGACUGUCCACCGCCGCGGGGCCGAGGCCGGAGUCCGGACGGGGAGGCGUCCGCCCUGCUGGUCCACUGCAAGUGCGGGCAGCAGGGCUUGACGGCCGCGGUGGACACAAGCAUCCCGCACAACUUGGUCUCCGCGGACUGCCUCCGGCGCCUGGGGCUGGAGGAGCCACCCCCGGGAGGAGACGCGCUCCCCGCCGAGACCCCUCCCCGAAUGGAGCAGCUGGAGCUGCAGUUGGGGCCGGAGACGGUGGUUUGCUCGGCUGUGGUAGUCGAAGACGACAGCCCUGAGCUCCGCCUGGGACUCCGGACGCUGCAGGCGCUCAAGUGCUGCAUCGACCUGGAACGCGGCGUCCUGCGGCUUCGCGGGCCCUGCCCGGACCUGCCCUUCUUGCCGGGCCGCCGGGAGCCGGGCCCGCCCCCACCUUCUGGGGACACUGGGCCGUAGUGGGGAUCUUCCCCCACCCCUGCCUGCUUCCUAGGGGAGGGAGCAGAAAGAGGAACAGGGACAGCGUCUCUCCUCCCGGUCUAUACCCCCCACCCCCCUCACCAAAGCCGCCCGAGGUCGCGACUAGCACAGUAGGGAGGCUAGAGCAGGCUGCCGCCCCCCGCCUCGUCCUCCAGGUGCCACUCGGGGAUCACUGUGCUCUCCCUGCCCCAUCCUCCACUGCCCCCACCUGCCGGCCAAGAGGCUGGGGGGUGGCCCACCUGUGGUUACCAGCCCCCCAGGCUUACUUCGCCUCCCCUCUCCCACCCCCAACAGGUGAGAACGGACCCGGGUCUGUUCCUUCUCACGGGCCCUGGAGUGCCGAGCUGGGGGCGGGAGGGGAGCGGUCCGCCCCUCCUCUGAGGCUCCAGCCCUCAGGUCCCUGCUCCAUCCCCUGGGUAGUUUAGCCUCGGCCAGGAUUAGCUCUUUACCCAGGUAAUUCAGACCCCUGACUCUUGGGCCUCAAUUUAUUAGGAUAUUUUAGACAAACAGAAAGAGGUUUGCCCUCUCCCUACAGUGGGUCCGGGCCCAGUCCAACUGCAGGGGGAGGAGUGGAAGGAGGUGGGGAGCGGCCUACCUCUGCCCCCCACACUGGUCUCGGUGUAUUUCAAAAGAGCGCAGCUACCCUGGACCCCCUCAGACGCUCUGUCCCUCCCUCUGAGCAUGGGCGGGGAGGAGGUUAGGGGACCAGGGUGCCUAACAUACUGUCCCCCACCCAGUUGGUUUCUCUAGCUUGAAUUCCCCAUGUCCUCCUUCCCUGUUACUCCACUGCCUCUCCCCACCCCAGCUGCCUUCCGUUCAAAUAAAUGCUGUUUUCUCUA